GUGUAGAGCUUUCAUCUAAACAAAGGGAAUUCGCUAGGGUCCCUGCCAGCCCCUAGAAGGAGAAGGAGACAGGGACGCUGGGGAACAGAGGGCAGGACCCAUGCGGCUGGGGGGUCUCCUCCUCUCCCUCCUCGUCCUCGGGGUGGCCGGUUCCCGGCUGCAGAUAGUCACAGAUCCCUCCUCCCGGGCCCUGCUGGGCUCUGGGGCGCUGCUGAAAUGUCGGUUCGACGUCGGGGGGCCAGUCGAUCUGCGCUCCCUGCGGGUUCAGUGGUUUCUGUUUGAGGAGAGGAUCGCGCAGUACGACCAGGGCAGGGGAGAAUCCCAGCCCAGAGCGAGCAUGUUGCAGCAGGAGUUGAAGAUGGGGGACGCCUCCCUGUCGCUCUCGAGGGUGACGGUGUCGGAUGAGGGGCCGUAUAAAUGUGUGUUGGUUAGGUACGGAGCAGCUGCAGGGAGAGACGACCCUCCAUGUGCUUGCUGCUCCCAGACUCUCCAUCCCCCGGCGAUCGGCUGGGACAGACACAGCGAGCUCCUUCCCCUGCCACGUGUGGGGAUUCUACCCUGGGGAUGUCACCGUCACGUGGCUGAGAGAUGGGCAGGUUCUGACCAACGUCACCCCAUCUUCCCCCCAGAGGAACUCGGACGGGACCUUUAACCUUACCCUGACCUACACCUUCACCCCCACCGCGAGGGACUCCGGUAGCAUCUUCUCCUGUCGCGUCAGCCACUCGGCUCUGGCUCAGCCCCUGCGGGAGGAGUUCCCUCUGGAUGUCACAGGAGUGGAUCACACCAGCGCCGCGAUCGGGGCAACCCUGGGGAUCCUGGUUGCAGGGGGAGCUGUGGCUGCAAUAGCUGUUUACUUUUGGAGGAAGAGGCGGAAAGCCCAGCGAGCCCGGGCUGAAGCGGCUGAGCGAGAGCAGCAGGUCCUGCAGCAGAAGGAGGCUGAGCGACAGAAGAAGCUGGAGGAGGAGAAACGCUGCUCCCAGGAGAACCGAGAGAAGCUGGAGGGCGAGAGGAAGAAGCUGCUCGAGGAGCAGGACAAGAUGCUGGAUCAGAAAGUGAAGGAGCUGGAGGCAUUGCUGAGGGAGAGGGUCCAGAAGGAGGCAGGAUACAAGGAGCAUGAGAUCCAGUGCCUGCAGCAGCAGAUCAAGGAGCUCCAGAAGCCAUGGAUCGAAUUACCUUUGCCCACAGUAUCCAGCAUCAUCGACAAUGCCGCUGGGGCCGUCGGCUCUGCUGUCGGGGCCGUCGGCUCUGCUGUCGGGGCCGUCGGCAACUUCAUCCGGGGCUGGCUCUGAUGGGGUCCCUGGCCUCCCGCUCGCCUCUCUACCCCAGCACACUGUACCAAGACGCUUUGCCAGCAAGCAGCUUAGUAAUGGGUCAGUAAAGGGCUGGGUCAGUCCAACUGCAACACUGCCAGCUCUCCACCCCCAUGCUUCAUGGCCUGGGCUGGGUCAGGGAGGAAUAUGUCGCCCCACAAGGCCUUGCAGGGAGGUGCAUUGUGGGAGACGCGCUACCUCAAGCUGCACGGGGGGGUGGGGGGAGAGGGAUACCGGGAUGGAUGGGCCCAUUGGCCUGAUCUGUGGGGCAGGACCCAGGCGAAGUGGCCACCAGAACGUCACCCCCCAGGGGGAGUGAGACGCUGCCCACACCUAGGAACCCGGAGCCCCCCAGCCUGGGCCCCUCCUAUCAUGGACUCCCAGGCUCUCUUGGCUCCGUACAGCCCCUGGUAGGAACCUCCCAGUGUGACAGCUCUUCUUGGGGGUCCACUGUCUCUGGGGUAGGCCCUCUGGCCUUGCCGCCUCUUGGGACCGCACCUCUGAGCCCCCAGCAGCCUGGCUCUGCCAUGGGCCCCUCAGGGAGUCCCCUCGCUCUGGGCCCCUGGGGUCCCCACCCUAAGAGGGAGCAAUGCCCCCUGAUCUCUAGCUACAGGGACUCCCAGACAGCUUUUAUUGAAUGUCUGGACCCAGCAGAGGCAGGUCUCAGCCCCCGCCAGCUGGGUCUGUCCCUGUCCGCAUGGGCUCUGGCUGCUCCUUAUCCCCAGCCCAGCCCCCUCCUUCCAGCCGAGCCCCCAAUAUACCCUCCCCCACAGCCCCUCCUCCACCCUUUGUCUUCAGUCCCAGGUGAGCAGGCCGCCUGGGCCCCUCUCUGCCGUCCUUUGUUCCCCCCCAGCUGGUCAGGUCCCUGGGCCCCUCUCUCCUCAGCCCAUUGUCCCCCAACUGGCCAGAACCGGCUGGUUCCCAAGCUGGGGAGUCCCCUGAUCACCAGUCGCUGGGUCCCCAAUCUCCAGGCCGGUGUCCGGGGUCCUGACUGCAAGUUGAGGUCACCCCUUGUCCCCUGCAACAACAAACCCCCUCUCCCACUCCCUCGUUACGUACGCAGUACACAGGGAAACGGAGGCACGCAUAGUCACUAAGAAACCCCCCCACUUUGUCACACCUCUCCAGCUCCAGGCCGAGGGAUGGGAGCUGGCAUGAGUGGGAGGGGUGCCUCUCUCCUUGCCUUAACAAUGAGGAGUCCUUGUGACACCUUAGAUUAACACAUUUAUUUGGGCAUAAGCUUUCGUGGGCUAAAACCCACUUCAUCAGAUGCAUGGAGUGGAACAUACAGUAGGGAGGUAUAAAUACACAGCAUAUGAAAAGAUGGGAGUUGCCUUACCAAGUGGGGGGUCGAGGCAAAUAAGCCAAUUCAAUUAACAGUAGAGUACCAAGGGAGGAAAAAUCACUUUUGUAGUGGUAAUGAGGGUGGCCCAUUUCAAAUAGUUGACAAGAAGGUGUGAGUUACAGUACGGGGAAAUUAGUAUGGAAAAAUCAGUUUUUGUAAUGAUCCAACCACUCCCAGUUUUAUUCAGACCUAAUUUGAUGGUGUCCAGUUUGCAAAUUAAUUCCAGUUCCGCAGUUUCAUGUUGGAGUUGGUUUUUGAAGGUUUUUUGUUGAAUUACCACUUUUAAGUCUGUUAUUGAGUGACCAGGGAGGUUGAAGUGUUCUUCUACUGGUUUUUGAAAGUUAUAAUUCUUGAUGUCAGAUUUAUGUCCAUUUAUUCUUUUACAUAGGGACCUCCCCUCAAACCUCGCUCAUGUGUCUGGGUGUUUUUGCUGCUCUCUGGGGAUGUGAAUCACGCCCCUAAAACUAAAACAUGUAGGAAGCUGUGUGCCGGGACAAGCCGGAAAUCUGCCCUGGCGGUGGGCUGCCAAGGCAGGGUCAGUGCUGUGAGAUCGCUAAGCAA